GAUUUACCCACCAAAGGAGGAAGAAGCCCAUAUGGCCGUGCCAGCUAGUAGGCUGGGGUAUUUCAUACUCGUCGAUUUGGUAUUUAUAACACAUGGAUUCGCUGAUUGGAAUUUACAUGAAAUUAUGUCCUCUCGUCCGUUCGUGACACGACGACUAUCAAACGGCCAAGAACGGAUGGACCUGGUCUGUCCAGAUAAUCACGUGAUGUUGACGCCGUACAUAGCGUAUGGAGCGUCUAUUGGACGUCGCGUGUCUAACCUGCGUCUCGAGAGGGACUGCUUGGGCACAGACAGUCAAUUAAUUAAACAGGCUAAUCAAUGUGUAAGAAAAAACGCGUGUAGUGUUUCCUUUAGAAAAGGAUUGAGACUUCAUCAGAUUCUCAGCGGACCGCAAAACAAAUGCCUCAAGCGUUUCCCAAAAUUUAUCACGAUUUCCUUACCAAAGUGUGUACCAAAAGAAGAGAUUUUUGAUAUCUGUUCAAAUUGGACAUUAGGAAAAUAUUGGAGCGGUAUUCUCGGACGUUACUCAGACAUUCCCAACACCGACAUGGCAGCAAGGUCAUGUCAUAAAGUAAUGACAUUUCCUACCAAUAUGACGAUGGCAAUAAUGCUAGAAAAGUUUGAUACUAACAUAAGUUAUAACGUGACUAUACAAUGGACAACCCAGCAUGGAGAGACCAAACUAAAGACACUGAGAUUUAACCAUGAAUCUUUCAUUGGAACUGGGAAUAAUUUUACUGUGAGCUGGGAAACUCCGGAGCAAGUCGCAUCUAAGUCAAACUUUUAUCUUAUCUAUCAUGCUCUGCAUUAUAAUGGGUCAUCAAACCAGAGCGAUACCAUGGUACAGAGUUGGAUCCCUGAGCUGCCUUCAGCAUCUCUAAGAAGCGUCAUGACGUGGAAAGACCAUCAGCUGUCGUUCGCUUGUCCAAAAGGAUCACUAUUAUAUUCUCCUCAACUGAUGGCGGGUGUGGGUAAAAGGAUGGCCUGUUCUGGUAUCACCCCAAGUCUCCUAGUGCAGAUGAACAACUGUUACUGGGAACGAUCCUGUAACAUCAACUGGAAGGGUCCGGCGACUGUAACUCUGACCAACUCUCCCGCCUGUCUUGGUAAAACAGCUGCCGUUAUGUCCACCACUGGUUACCGAUGUAUUAGACAAGAAAAUGUCAUAAACAUGUGUAGUCGGUAUGCUUCUGAGGUAGUGAAAAAAACAUCUGGGAUCAUUCGGAGUCACAAUAUUUAUCCCUGGGACUACGGCGCGGAGGCGGUGGAUUGUAGGAAGGUCAUCAAGAUAGGACGUGGGAGACAACUCCAUCUAUCAGUCGAGGCUGCUGAAAUUGACGAAAGUCGUGAUAUGUUCAGGAUAAGACAUAUCUACGACAAAAAGAAAACAUUGGUUGCUAUGGGAAACCAGAAACAUUUCAACACCACCUUAUCUGGAGGGGCUGCUGAGAUAUCUCUCACAGUGUCAGUGAGAUCAAAAACUGGCAAGGGGUUCCUCUUAUAUUUUGAAAAGAUAGGGAAAAGACACAAGAACUCUGAAUCACAAUAUCGUAAAGCAAGAACGACAAAGAAAAAUCGUACGCUACGAAAUCGACGGAGACGUCAACGAAGCGGAAGGAAAAAGAACAAAAAGAGAAAAUCUAGAAAGUCCAAGAAAAGGAAAACUCGUGUAUUAUGAUGAUUGCGUAAUCUUAUAUGUGAUAUUGAAAGAGUGCAAUUAACAUUAUCAUCAAUAGGUGGCUGUAGUCAUAUAGUUAUAUUUACAAAUCAACGGACAUCACUGCCGUCUGUUAGUUAGGUUCUAUCAAAAGGGGGCGCGUUUCUCUGUCGGACUCUAAAAUGACAAACCUGAGAACCCAGGGGAACUUUUGUCUGAGAACCCAGGGGAACUAACAUUUCGUAUUUGAGAACGAAUCAUUCAUUAGUAGGCCUAUAUUAGAUGUAGUAACACUAACAAUAUUCAACUUCCAAAACACAAUAUGUUGUUUUUACCAUCUUGUUUGUUUGUGUACAAUUACGGACCAAUGGGAACCUGCACAUUAAGUACUAGGUUUUAUGAAAAUUAAUGAUAACAAACAUAUCAAUUUUAGAAUAAAAAAAAAACUGUCAGCCAUCUUGUGCUUCUAUUUACUUUUUAAACAACUAUACACAACAAGGAUAAAAUUGGAACAUAUAAGUGCAAUUUAAGAACAUAUCGAUCCAUUGUUUUUAGAGAAAUAGUGAUAAGUAUUGUUUAAGUAACAGAUAAUAGGUUAAUUAAGCAGCCAACCAUUAUCGGAUUAUUGGAUAAAAUCUAGCAGCCUACUUGAUCGGGAUAUCAAUAUGUGUUAAACAAAUCCUAGUUAGUUUCUUAUAACAUACAUACAUUAUUACAUAGCAUGCAAUUUUGUUUAUCUGAAUAUUAAAUGUAAUGAUUAGGUAAAUUAAAACAAAUGCAUUGUAUACUGAUAGAAGAAUUGUGAUCUAAAGUAGUAAUAUGUAAUCUAAAAUAGACUACUUUUUAUUUGAUUUUUUGUUUGUUGUUGUCUAUUUUCCAAAAUAUGUACAGUUUUUUUUUUACUUAGCUAAGAAAUGAUAUUGAUCAAAUAAGACCGAUCCUUUAACAAAAUAAUUCGGCAAAUUACAAUCCUCCACCGGAUGUAGAGUUAUUAUACCAAGAAUGUGUAGAUGAUAAAUUCGUGAUAAACAAGCAUGUUCCAUGUAAUAGGUCCCGAGAAACUUUUUUCUUUGAAGUUGGUCAAGGUCAAUAUAUAGGUUAGUGUGAACAUGUGAUAGGGCUCGGAAAAUGUUUCUUUGGUGUAGGUCAAAGGUGAAAAUGUAUGUCAGAGUGACUUAAUUUGACAUAUACACAUUACCUCACGUCGUUGAACGCAAGCCACGAGCAUGAAGUUCCAGUGUCAAGUAGUAUAGGAGAUAGAGCCGGAACACGUUUUCUUUUAUAUAAGUCAAAGGUCAAACCGUAGGUUAGAGUGACCUAUUUUCGACACAUGACACAUCACCUCACCUUUAAUUGGUGGACCCAAGCACCAAGUAUAAAGUGACAAGCAGUGUAGGAUAAAUUAUUCCUCGGUUGUAGUUCAAAGAGACUUAAUUUUGACACGUGAUACACCGCCUCAUCUAGGUGAACCCACACCCCAAGUAUUUAGUUCUAGCAUUAAGUAGUGUAGGAGAUAGAGCCCGGACACUUUUCUUCUUUGGUGUAGGUCAUGGGUCACAAUAUAGGCCACUGUGACCAAAGUUUGAAACAAGAUACACUGCUUCACAUAGAUGAACCCAUUCCCCAAGUAGGAAGGCCAAGAAGUGUAGGAGAUAGGGCCCGGUCAAGAUAAUGCGCGGACGGAUGGACGGACGGACACACGCAAAACCAUAGUCCCCACCCUCGGCUCCCGGAGUGGGAAUGAUAAAGAUGCACGUGUUUCUAAUUUAACUAGUUUUUAAAAAGUGCAAUACCGAUAUUUCAGAAAAUGUUGAAACAAAAUGGAUCUGUCAAUGUACUUAUGUUGUGGUUGUUUUUAGACAAACAUACACUAUUACAUGCUCACUCAGGGUAUUUUGUCUGUUAUUUCUAUACUUGUAUUAAUGAACUCAUUGUAUCAAACGCUAUAUACAUCUUGUCAGACCGAACUUUUGAUGAUUAAAAAACGUAAAAUAUGUAAAA